CUUCGCCAAACACGCACAGAGGAAGAAGCGGCAGCUGCUUCUCAAACAAACGAAGAGCAUUUUAACAGUUAUCCAGUUGUGGAAGUGAGGCGGCGUCAUUCCCCGGUCACCCAUUAAAAUGAGUUCACAUGGAGUAACUUACUGCUAACAAGUCACGGCUACAUUUGAUUUUGGUGCUGCGGUCAUAGAGCAAAAACGAUGAAAAAGGACUUUAAGCUAAUGGAGGACAUUGUUUUUCGAGGGGUGGAGUAUUCUGUAAAAUAUGCGGUGGACAACAAUUUACUGACUGUCGAAAUUGAAGACUUGAAGACAGCUGAUCAAUGGAGAGGGGAGUUUGAGCCUGCUUGCAUUGAGGACCUCACUCGGAAAACUGGAAACUUCAAGCAGUUUUCAGUUUUUUGCAGCAUGCUGGAAUCAGCUGUCAAAAAUAAAAGUGAUUCUGUCGAACUUGACCUCUUGACCUUUGCUGACUUGGAGUUGCUACGAAACAGAAAAACAGGAAUGGUUAAUCAUCCUCGGAACAAGAAGCAGUCAUCUGUCCUUACUGCCAAGAGAUAUCUGAUCCUUAUAUACACCGUGGAAUUUGAUAGGAUACAUUACCCUUUGCCACUACCAUAUGUUGGGAAGCCCAACCCAGCUGCACUGCAAAAGGAAAUCAGAGCCCUAAGGGCUGAGAUCAGUGCUCUCACAUCUAAUGGAGAUAACAGAUGUGCAUUGGAAAUAAUACAGCAGCUGCAAGCUGAGCUUGUUAUGGUGAAAGAGGAGAACAACGAGAUGACCAAAGUUUUAGAGCAACUGCGGAUGAGAGCCAAUGUCUCUCCGUUUGGCGUAGACGACUGGAGGGUCAGAGAUGUGGUGAGAGCCCUGGAGGAGCAGCUUGUUAAAGAGAGAGCCGAGAGUCAUCAGACAGCAAGAAAGAGAUUCCAAGAGCAGAGAAUAUUAACGGAGCAGGUAGAGGAGCUAAGAGCAUCAGAACGUGAGCUCCGUCUUCGCAUCAAGAACCUCUCAAGUGAACUGAUUUCACUACGGAGGAGUGAAGCAACUCAAGGAUCUUAUCUUCGUGGAGAAAAAUAUCGCUCCCUCUCGCGGGAGAGGAAAUCUAGCUGUGGAACAGUCAGGUCUUCCUCAGGAUCAAGAGAACAGAUACACAGAGAAUUCCAGCAAUCAAACGACAGAGGCCGAAGAUCAGGCUCAUCCAGACCGUCCUCUCAAAUAUCAAGGCGGUCACUCUCCCCGGCUGGAUCACGAGUACCACACUUUGACCCGACUGCAUACGUUCAGGAACGACAACGCAAACAGCAACAGGCCAAACUCAAAAAGCAAAGAAAAGUGCAUAGGGACAUGAUGUCAUCACCCGUUAUAUCUGAGAGGGGGCGCUCAAGCUCCAGAGAGCCUCGUCCUCUACUGGAACGACCUGGCAGCAGGCGGAGUCUAUCUGGGGGACGCCAAAGAAGCAGGAACUCCUCAGAAAGCUCCUUUGUGGAGAGCCAGGAAAUGACCAAAGCUCUGCUCAGCAGUGGAUUAAAACAGAUGUACACUGACAACAAACCCAACACCACCAGAGGAGGCCGUUUGACCAGGAAGCCAUUGUGCAGUACUCCGACACAGAGAAGAAGAGGAAGAGAGAGCGCCAUAAACAAAGGGGUGGAACUUUCAAGGAUUGAUGCUCGGCUUCAGGCGCUUCAGAACUAUAUGAGGGACCUGCAUACGGAACAGUAGCUCACAGUGCUUUACAUGUACCUGAGGCCUGGUGAAACCAUACAGGGAUACAUCAUCUAUCAGCCAAACUAAAAAGACUGACAACUUUAGAAGCCCAGCUAGAACUUUCCAGAUACCUUUUUUGUGAUCUUCUAAAUGGGGAUUGUUUUUAUACACUGGGUUUUUCUACAGAAGAGAAUCCUUCGUACGUAACCUUUACACACAAACCACACCAAAAAUCUAAAACAUUCUUUUAACAGCUGACGCAGACCUUAUGAAUUCCUAUUUGAUUUAUUAUGCAUAGUCCUUUAUGGUUCACUUAUGGCUGCAAUUAUAAUUAUGAGGAAUUCAUCAACUCCAACAAACUUCAAAAAUCCAGUCAACAGUCCUGUAGAAGGAUUGUUGCAUUAGUCACUAAUUUUUGGUCUUUUGUAAUAAAAAAUACUUCUUUUGUCCAAAUCUUGAAGUAAUUAAUACUUAAUUAACCAUUGUCUCAUGCUUGGUUGGAGAAGUGAACUUUUUUAAAAAAGUUAACAUUUCAUAAUGGUUAAAAUACAAAUGGUCAAGCAAAUGAAAAAGUGUAAAGCAAAAGCAAAAUUUUGAUCUGUCAUGUUUAUUUAUUAAAAACUUUAUACAAAAA